CAUCACUUUGAUAUGCGGCAGUCUCUUGAAAGUUUUUCGUGUAACAUUAAAAGAAACCAUGAAGUGGAUAGUUAUUGAAUGUCUCGUAAUAUUUGUACUUGUGUCAAAAAUUGCAAAAAGCCAGGAAGCACCAUUUAGGAUAAAUAUAACCAACUUCCAAAAUUGUGAUGAUGUGAAUUUAGACGAUGUUGGAGUCUAUUUAACGAGCGUUUCCUACGAAUGUGAUUCAUCUGGAUUCUGUGAUACAGUUCAUGGGAAAUACACUGUUAAAUAUAUUGAUCUAUCAAAAAGAGAGCUCGUGACAACCAUGUAUCAGUGCCCUACAGACUCAAUUGGUCAGUGCAAUGAUAAUCCUGAGGAACACCAUACACCGCUACAUUGUGAUAAAUUUGUCGGUGAUGAUUCUGGACCAUGGCAUAUGUUGUCUAAUGCUAUGUCUGGCUCAAAAUGUGGGGACCAAGUAGGAGAUUUUGAAUUGAUCAGUUCAAAAUUGCGAUUUGACUAUUUGAUGAAUGAUCAGAAAAAUUAUAUUACAUUGAAUGAUAAAAUGCGUAAAUAUCGAGCCAAAUUGCUUUUUCAUACCGAAGGGAGAGUAGCAACUAGGGCAUGUGCCUCCAUUGACUUUACACUCUUUCCUAAAACCUAAAUUUUAACAACAAAAGAAACUACUUAACAUUUCGAUUUUAAUAUCAAUCUGUUGUGAAAAAGAUGUCAAUCUUCUUUUCAGUUAAAUAAAUAAUGAUUUUUGCAACAUUUCUAAGGGAAAAUUGCCAAGCUUUAAAGCUCCCAGAAUUUAAACACUGACACAUAAUAAGGGAAGUGUGGGCCAGUUUAACAGAGCACGACUUUUUGUAACUUUUGUUGAUAAAUAUUUAAACUAUGCCCUAUUCAUUCAAAGGCUAAAUCCUAAUUCAUUAUCAUAAAAUUACACACAUGUAUUAAACUGCCCCGGUUUCCCGUAAGUUACUUUUAUUUUGCAAUUAGUACGACAGUAUGGUAGAACAGUUUAUUUCAGAACCUGCUCCAAAUAAGUGUUUUUUGCAUGCAUGGUUUUUCGAUUUAACUGAAGCACAAAUAAUCGAAUAAUAAGAUGGUGACAUAAAUGCAUAAAUAAAAAAUUAGUACCAUGUUUAUUAAGGAAGAAUUUUGUGUUUUGUGAUAAAUUCCCAUUAAAGCAGAUUCUAAAUUAGACUAUUCUACCUUAAGCGAAUUUUAGUUCUAGUUUUAACGCUCUCCCACAGUCUCCGUUCGCAAAACUUGCCUACAAAAAUAAUUGUGCAUACACCAUUACACUACUAAAUGUAUUACAUAACAAAUAAUAAAGAUACAUUCGUAAAAUCAA